CUUUUUUAAAAUAUGUCUCAAAAGUUCAAAGUGAGAAAGCUCAGAGAAUAAAAGCCAGAAGAUCUCCUAAAGGAUUUAGAAAAACUCAAGGGUGAGCUCAUUUAAUUGAGAACAGUUAAAGUUUCAGCAGGUAAUGCUUAAAAACUCGGCAGAAUCGGACUUGUGAGAAAGAGAAUUGCAAAAUAUUUAACAGUCAUCAAUGAAUAAAGAAGAAAUUAGGUUAAAUCAACAACAAAGCAUGCUUCAAAUCUUCCAGUCGAUCUUAGAGGAAAGAAAACCAGAGCAAUUAGAUAAAGAUUAACUAGAAGUGAGAAAGCUCAAAAGACACAGAGAUAAUGGAAAAAAUUAAAUAAUUUCCCCUUGAGAAAGUUUGCUUUAAAGGAAUGAUUCAAUUAUAUUAUUAAUAGUACAUUAUUCAAUGCAGGCAAAAUAUUAAUUAAUUAAGCA